AUGUUCCAGUUGAAGGGGGACGCGCGUCCGACGAAUCAAGACCUGACCAGCAACUUCCGCCGCGACAUGAUUGCCGGCUGCGGCCAACGACCCGGCCGUGGCGGCGGAAGCCUCGGCGCGCUUCCACGCUGCAGUUCCGCCCCAGCAUCACUCUCGGCAGACUUGCGCUCGAUCGUGUACAGCAUCCACGUGCGUAGAACGUCCGAGCCCAACGCUGCGUUUGCCUUUUGGAUCCACGCCGCCAGCGGUGUCGUAUCGCGGGCGUACAUGGCAGCCCCUGUGCGGAUGUUUUCCAGGAACUACGCCAGCAGGCGGGCAAACGCGCCUUGGGGCGGCCGACCAAGAAAGCUUCACGAAGCGGUGAUGGCUGCCGUGACUUC